UCCUGCUCCUCACUCCCUUUUAGCUCUUCCGAAGAGAUGGGAAAUACGCCAUCGCAGCCACUAAUGUUGCUAGAACCCCAACUAAAGGAGGAGAAAGUCUGUGUUGGAUUAUGGAAAGCUGUUUCACUCUAUAUAAUUAAAAGCUUGACUGAGUUUCAACAUGAAGAUUUUGGGCAAGAUAAAACUGGACAGGCUGUACCAGACAGUUUACAGUCCUGCACAGACCGAGAAGGAAUGAGUGAUACACCUGAAACUGAGGAGACUGGAGGAACUUGUGAUUCCUGGCAGAGUGGCCUGUGGGCACAAGUGAAAGACAAGUUAAUGAAAUAUUUGCAUCACAGCAACAUUUUCCCAGAAAGCAUCCCACGUAAAUUUGAUUAUCUGCACAAGGACUUACUGAUGCAGCAGUACAACCUUCAUGCAGCAGUGCACCAGCCAAAAGAAACCAGAACAGAGAAAAAUAUCACUGAGUUUAAAAGUGCUAGUGGCCUUGGGUCUUAUGAAGUGACAGUUCUGGGUAUAAACCAUGACGUAGCAAUGGAUGUUGCGUUUCUUCCACUGUUUUGCCCUGAAGAUCCCCACUUAUUUCAACUGGAAGACAUUCAAAAUGAUACGUUGUUGUCUUGCAUGAGUUGCAUCUCUGCCUGUCAGCACCAGGCCACCAGCCAUGGAGGGCUUCGCCACACCUUUCCACUUUCAACCCAGUCUGACCAGUCAGGCGCCUCUGCCAGCACUGUUGAAGAAGGAAAAUCUUCAGCCAAAGAGGAGAUGUCGGAGUGGGACAAGAUGGAGACGACCAUAUGGAUCCCACAGACAGAGACGGAGGGACGACAAGCACCAGGCCAGAGACCCCUCUGCAACCCGCAGUGA